AUGACUCUUGCAAUCUUUGGAGAGAGGCAAAGUGGCCAAGACGUCAGGUCCGCCAACGUGGCGGCCGUGAUGGCUGUGGCAAAUGUUUUAAGAUCUUCUCUUGGUCCUCAUGGAUUAGAUAAAAUGCUUGUUGAUGAUAUUGGAGAGGUGACAGUGACUAACGAUGGCGCAACAAUUCUUAAACAACUAGAAGUUCAACAUCCAGCAGCAAAAGUUCUUGUUGAUCUAUCAGACAUGCAAGAUAGAGAAGUAGGAGAUGGUACAACUUCUGUUGUACUAAUUGCCUCUGAAUUAUUGCGUUUAUCUAUGCAAUUAAUAAGAGAUGAUUUACACCCAACAGCCGUCAUCGCUGGUUAUAAGUUGGCUAUGAAGGAAUGUGUUCGUUAUUUAAAGAAUAAUUUAAGUAUAGAUAUAAAUAAAUUAGAGACAAAAGAAUUAAUACUAAAUGUUGCUAAGACAUCAUUAGCAUCUAAAUUUAUAGGGGCAGAUGAGGAUUUCUUCCCUAAUCUUUGUCUUAAUGCUAUUCAAUCUGUUAAAAUGAUAACAGAGAGAGGAGAUAUACGUUAUCCAGUAGAGGGAAUAUCUAUACUAAAAACUCAUGGUAAAAGUUUUAAGGAAUCUGUUCUUGUUGAUGGAUUUGCUCUUAAGACAUCAAGGGCAGCACAAGGUAUGCCUAUGGUGGUAAAAGAUGCAAAAGUAGCUCUUGUAGAUUUUGGCUUCCGUCAGCAUCGCAUGCAAUUGGGUAUCUCUAUUGAGGUCAACGACCCUAAAGAUCUAGAAAAAAUUAGACAACAGGAGAAGGACAUAGCCCGUCAGCGUUGUAAGUUAAUUUUACAAUCAGGCGCAAAUGUCAUCAUUACUACUCAGGGUAUUGAUGAUAUGUGCCUUAAGUACUUCGUAGAGGCGGGCGCAUUGGCAGUACGAAGAGUAUCCAAGAAAGAUCUACGCAGAAUUGCAAAGGCUACAGGAGUUAGCGAAGAAAGAGUUGGUGAUUGGGAUUAUCUAUUCUUUAGCGGAUGUAAAGCUAAUAAAGCUGCUACUAUUAUACUUAGGGUAAGAUAA